UGUCAGUCACCACCGGCCGCGAUCGAAAAACGUGUUUUUGUUGAUUUCUCUUGUUUCACAGCCAGGCGGUCGGUUUUUGGAUUUUGGUGCGCGCACAUUUUCCGUUAAAUAGUUACAGGUUUCUACAUUUUUAAUCAUGAUUGGAACCAAGAAACGUUCCGUGUCCAGCGAUGGGAAAGAAGUGUCCAAAAAGCCGAAAUUAGAAAAGACUAGUGACGCACCAGUAACGAAGAAAAAAAUCACCCACAAACUAUCAGAAGGAAGCGGGACCGAUGGCAAAAAGGGUAAAUUCCAGAAAAAGUUCACUCCCGGUGGCGGCAAGAAAGAGGGCUUCAAAAAAGAUUUCAAGGGCAAACAAGGGCUGGCAACGCCCGGCGAAAAGAAGCCCUUCGUCGAAAACACUCCGGAAUCGAAACGCGAAUACUGGAACAGCUUAAAGGCGAAGCAGAAGGAACUGCGGGAACAAAGGCGCAAAAAUAAGACUAAGGAUCUUUACGAAUUAAGUGUAGGAGCUAAGAAGAUCUAUGAGACGCUCAAGAGGAAAUCGACGGAAAACAAGGAAAAACUGGUGGUGGAUUUACACGAGAAACUCAACAAGGACAACACGUACAGCCGGAUCGCCACCAGUCACGACACGGCUCGGGUCAUCCAGUGUAUGAUCAAAAAUGCCUCGGAAGAUCUUCGAAUGCAGAUUGCGGAGAAGUUGCUCCCGGACGUUUAUGAAAUAUCCACUUCCAAGUAUGGUCAUCAUUGCAUUACCUGUCUGUUGAAGAACGGCACGAAACCCUUGUGGGCAAAGGUGGUCGAUGGAAUCAUCAAACAUGUUGUGAAAAUGGCAAAUCAUUCAUUCUCCGGCGCGAUCGUGGAUUCGGUCUAUAAUGAGUAUGCCACAAAUGAGCAGAAGGCCUUUAUGAGGCAGGCUUUCUACUCGGAAAUCUACCAGCAGACAAAGGAUAAGAACAUUACCUGUAUGAAGGAUACUUGGGUGACGAAUGCCUACAUGAAGAAGACGGUUCUGUCCACGGUGAAGGGCCAUCUGGUCCAAGUGGCAAACAAACAACUCACGGACAAUGCCUUACUUCAUUCACUUCUGCAGGAUUUCCUGCAGGAAGCCGCAGAAGUCGAUCGAAACGAAGUGAUAGAGCUAUACCUCCCGCAUCUGGCCGCUAUUUCUAGCACUAAGGAUGGGACUUCCGCUGCCAUAUUUUGCUUUUUGAAUUCCGUUGUGAAGGACCGCCGUGCCGCGCUGAAGACCCUGAAACAGUUCGUUCCUAAAUUGGCCGUCCACGAGCACGGUCAUCGACUGGUACUUUGCGUCCUGAACUGCUACGACGACACAGUCAUCCUCGGUAAACAGGUGGUGUCCGUUAUCCUGGAGCACGUGGAAACCAUCGUGGGCAGUGGCGAGUGGGGCAGAAAAGUGGUCGGCUGGAUUUUUUCCCCGGCCGACAAGGAACUACUCCAUCCGACGCAGAUCGAAAUCCUGGACGGGUACCUGCAGUACAGUAAAAAGGACAAGGAAAUUCGACGAAAGGAGGUUUUCGCUUCGGCGGUGGAAGCGCUCUGCACAGCGGUUGAGAACAACGCACCAUUUUGGCUGAGGGGAGGACACACGGCCCUGCUGACGGCGGCAAUCGUGAAAAAUCUUACUGGAGAUCAUCUCCGGAAGGUGCACCAAGCCCUGGCCAAAGUGGUCUCUGAUCCGGAGUGGCAGAUUCAGGAGAACGAAGUAAAUCUGGAGGGUGCUCUAAUGCAAGCAAAGGAGGAGAAGCCUGCGACUGGCGAUGGCAAGAAAACAGGCCGAAUCCGGAAGAUAAAAAAAAGUCCUUUCGCGGAAGAUAAGGAAAAGGCCCGCGAGAAGCAACUAGCUGCCAAUCCCCUAACAAACGGUGUUGAGCAUGCUGGAGUGCAUAUCGCACUGAAGAAGCUCCUAAAACUGGAUCAGGAAAAACGACAAGAAGACGCCGCUAGUUCUCAGUUCGGAAGUGCCGUGCUGGAAAAUCUGCCCGAUGAAGCGAUUAAGUCUUGGACCACGCAGAACCGGCCUUGCUUCCUGCUGUUGCUAAUAUUUGAAAACUCUUCCGAAGCCGUGCAGAAGCAACUCAAACAAAAGCUAAAAUCAGUCAAGGCGGAUCUGAAGAAACAGAGUCACACUGGAGCGAAGCUUUUGGUCGAGAAACUAAAACUGUAAUGGAAAGGCUUUCUCUUGUUUUUUUUAAGUUGAUGCAAAAUAUACCUUGAACUUGAACUGUUCCAUACUAAAAUCGAA